CGUCGCGCCUUCCAUCCCCGUGGUCGAUUUAUUGGUCCGUACAAGGCCGCCCGCCGCGAUAAGCUCCAACAUCUCCCUCUGAUCACCUUCUCAUCUGUCUGUGGUCGGCUGGUCGUGUGGACAUAGCCGACGCGCCGUUAAGUGCGGCUUCGGUGGCGAGGUUUGUGUUUGAUUUCUCUCUUCUGCUUCCUUUUUAUUUCAUUCCAUCUCGUCGUCGUUGGCUUGAAAGAGGUCGUUGUUGUUGUUGUUCCUGGCGCUUCGAGGUGCAGCUUAGGGUGCGGAAACAACCCCGCGAUUUAUCGCCCACCGGACUCCAACCGCCCGCCCUACCUAUCUUAUCUCAACCCAGACCAGGCUAUAAUUGUUCCGUUGAACAAAUCUAUCAGAACACGCAAUAUCACCGCUAUCGCUGAAACCAAGUCCUCAUAGCUGCAUACUACUUUGUCGAUAUACUGAGAUACCAAAGUUGCUAUCUUCGAGUUGCAAGCUACUUACUACCUCCGCAGAGACAAGCCAUCAUGGCUUCAACCUCUAGCCCAUCCGCCCUCGAGGCGUCACAAGAGCCCCCUCCGGCUCUAACACCCAACUCUGAGCUUGCAGCUGCUGAGGCGGCCACAGAGAAGCCACCGGAUGAUAGUUCGAAGCUGCGCAUGUUCUUGGGCAUUUUGAGAAAGUUCAUUGGCGUGAAAGACAUAGCAUCAGUGCGCUUCUCCCUCCCGGCGCAGUUACUAGAGCCUACGCCCAACCUCGAGUACUGGACGUACCUUGACCGUCCCGAAACCUUCACCGCCAUCGGCGACUCCGACGAGCCUCUUGACCGCAUGCUCGAGGUCCUACGCUUCUGGUUCACCAAGGACCUCAAAUACGUCAAGGGAAAGCCCUGCAAGCCAUAUAACUCGACCCUGGGCGAGUUCUUCAGGUGCAACUGGGAAGUCGCCGAAGCUGCCCCUUCCAUCGCGAGCCUCCGCGCCUCCACUCCCUCCAGCUCCAAGUCCUCCGUGAAGUCCACAGCGUCGGCCAAAUCUACCUCGCCCGCCCCCAAAUCCACUGAUGAGCCCAUCCGCAUCUCCUUCCUUACUGAGCAGACCUCUCACCACCCCCCCGUCUCAGCCUUCUACGUCGAGUGUCCCGCCAAGGGUCUCUCGGCGCGCGGUUUCGACCAGCUCUCCGCAAAGUUCACAGGGACAUCUAUUAAAGUCACACCCGGCGAGCAUAACCUCGGCAUCUUCAUUACCCUGCACAAGCGCGAUGAUGAGCAGUACCAGCUCACGCACCCGGCCGCUCAUCUAGGCGGUCUGCUGCGCGGUGGUCUCAGCGUCAGCGUGGGAGAUCAGUGCUAUACCACCUGUCCUAAGACACGCAUAAAGACUAUUCUCCACUACCUUGAGGAAGGCUGGCUAGGCAAGGCACAAAACCGCGUCGAGGGCGUGGUCUUCAAGUAUGACCCCGAGAAUGACGAUAAGAUGCGCAUCGCCGAUGUGCCAGAGAAGGAUGUGCUAGCGCGCAUUACCGGAAACUGGAAGGAGAAGGUGUUUGUGUCUUUUGCGCCGAAUUUCAAGACCCAAAUCCCCAUCAUCGACCUAACACCCCUCACACUCACCCCCAAGAUCCUCCCACCCGAGACCUCUCAACUCCCCAACGAAUCCCUCCGCUACUGGUCCGGCGUCACUGAAGCCAUCACUUCGCGCCAGUUCGGACGCGCCACAGUUCUCAAGACAGAGAUUGAGGAGCGUCAGAGGCGGAAGGCGCGGGAGCGUGAAGAGGGGGGGAUAGAGUGGAGUCCGAGGUUUUUUGUUGGGAGUGUGACGCCGUUGGGACGGCCGGAAUUGACGGCGGAUGGGGAGGAGGCGCUGAGGAGGUUGGGGAGGGCGGAGUGGGCGAUUGAGGAGAGUAAGGUUACUGCUUCGUAGUGGGCAGUAGUGCGAGAUGAGAUGAGAUUGGAUAUUUAGGGAACUGGUGUGGACUUUUGGUGUGUUCAUAUAGAUAGCAUUGGUUGAGUUUGGCAUGAAAUGAGUGAUGAUGUUGGACGAGGUGACGGAUAGAGAGAGGCAUACAGUGAUAUGGGUAGAUACCAGUGAGAUUAACCGGCUUUGACCGGCUCUACUAGAGGCGACGGACAUCUAGGAUGGGGGGGGGGAUUGCAUACUGCAUUAUAUAUACCAGGUAUCUUAACAGAAAGGGUAAUACUGCCAGA